AUGGAUCUCCAAGGCACUCCCAUCCCCUCUGGCCAGCGUGGCAUGAAGAACACCACCGACCCCAUGGCCAACCGCCCAGUCAACGAGCCCUCCGGUCCCGUCCUGAAGGACUCCCUCGCCGCUGAAUCCGUCAGCCACGGCGGCUCAUACAACGCCAACCGCAACGCCGAGCCCAUCGGUGCCACCUCCCAGAACACAACCACCAACACAACCGACACAUCCGCCGCAACAAAGCUCCCCUCAGCCGCCAACGCCCGUGAGCGUCAAGAGCCCUACGGCUCACACCAGUACCCCGACUCCCUCGGCGGCCAGCCAGAGUUCCCAGGCGCCCACGUCCCAGAGACCGGAUACGUCGGCGGCCCAAGCGCAGCGAAGAAGGACCUAGGCAUCAACAAGCACGAGUACCCUGCUUCUGAGAAGCUGACUCAGGGCAAGUCUCAAGCUCCCGCUAGCGGAAGCGGAUACCAGACCCGAAGCGCGACUGCUGCGCAGAAGAAGCAGGACUACUCGUCUGCCGCUGCUGGCCAGGGCGGCGAGUUCCCCAGUGACCCCAAGUACAACGCUAGCUUCAACUCCGAGAUCGGCUCUAAGGAUGACCCCGGUCGCUUGGCUGAGCAGAAGUUCCAGCGACGAGAGGCUGAGACUGUUGCUGCUGCUGCGGCACCGGCUCAGAAGGGUACCGGUGACCAGACUUGGUACCAGCCUUUGAGCAGUGACCAGCGUGCUUAA